AAGAACUUUGUUUCGCGUCUCUUUCCAAUCCAAUCCAAUCCAAAUUUGAUUCGAUUCCUUUCGUUUUGGGAUUCGAGAAGACGUAAUCCGGAAAGAUAUCGUAAUUGGGUUUUCAGGAUUACCCAAUUCGGCAUACCAUAGGAUCUCGAUCGAAUGCUUUCCUCACUUUUCCGAUUGGAAAUUUUUAUCGUGAUUUCGUUUUCCGAUUCAGCGGAAUCUUGAUUCGCUUCUCGUUUGAGUUUUUAGCCUGCGCCCGUAUGGGAGGCGGUUAUGGAAUCAUUGAUUGAUGAACACAGACGAGUGUAAAAAGAUGCCGGGUUUAGCACAGAGGAAUGAACAUUGCUCUUCUGGGUUUUGGUCCAAGGACGUCGAUGGAGUCAGCUACAAUCAGUUGCACAAGUUCUGGAGUGAGCUGUCGCCGAAAGCUAGGCAGGAGCUACUCAGGAUUGACAAGCAAGCUCUCUUUGAGCAAGCUCGCAAGAACAUGUGCUGUUCCAGAUGCAACGGGCUUCUGCUUGAAAGCUUCUUGCAGAUUGUUUCAUUUGGGAGGUCCUUGCAACAAAAAGGAUCAAUAGGAAAUCUUCCGUGCAACAGAUCAGGAGCUUCAAAAGAUCAAAUUGACUGUAACUCAGUUGUCAGUAGCAGAUGUACCGUUGCGUUGCAAGACCCCGCUGUUCAUCAAUGGGGAGGCCUCACCACAACACGCGAUGGAUCACUCACACUUCUUGACUGCUAUUUGUAUGCGAAAUCUUAUAAAGGGCUUCACACUCAGGUGUUUGAGAGUGCCCGUGCUCGAGAGAGGGAACGUGAGUUGCUCUAUCCCGUUGCUUGUGGUGGUGGAGGUCGGGUAUGGAUAAGUCAAGGGAUGACUGGUUAUGGUAAAGGUCAUGGAACAAGAGAAACAUGUGCUUUGCAUAUCACGAGGCUCUCUUGUGAUACUUUAGUGGAUUUUUGGUCCGCACUUGAAGAGGAUAGUCGACAGUCACUUUUGAGAAUGAAAGAAGAGGAUUUCAUAGAAAGACUAACUAACAGAUUCGACUGCAAGAAGUUUUGUAGAGACUGCAGAAGAAAUGUUAUUCGGGAGUUUAAAUUGCUUAAGGAACAUAAAAGAAUGCAAAGAGAACCACGAUGUACCGACUGGUUUUGUGUUGCCGAUACAGCCUUUCAGUAUGAGGUGGACAUUGAUUCCGUCCGAGCAGAUUGGAGUCAAUAUUUUACACAGAACGCGGGAUAUCAUCAUUUCGAGUGGGCAAUUGGAACUGAAGAAGGCGAAUCUGAUAUCCUCGAGUUCAAGUGUGUUGGCAAUGAUGGGAGUGCCCAAGUCAAUGGCCUAGACCUUCGUGGAUUACACGAAUGCUACAUUACUCUCAGGGCAUUUAAAAAAAAUGGCCGCUCCUCCGAGAUAUCCGUCAAAGCCCAUGCAUUGAGAGGCCAACAAUGCGUUCACUCCAAGCUUGUGGUUGGAGAUGGCUUUGUUUCAAUCAAACGAGGGGAAUGCAUCCGAAUGUUUUUUGAGCAUGCUGAAGAGGCCGAGGAAGAAGAGGAUGAAGUCAUGGUAGACAAAGAUGGGAAUGAGCUUGAUGGUGAGUGCCCGCGUCCACAAAAGCACGCUAAGAGUCCAGAACUUGCGCGAGAGUUUCUUCUAGAUGCUGCAGCGGUUAUUUUCAAGGAGCAGGUUGAAAAGGCAUUUAGGGAAGGUACAGCCCGUCAAAAUGCACACAGUAUAUUUGUCUGCCUUUCAUCGAAACUAUUAGAGCAACGUGUUCAUAUUGCCUGCAAGGAAAUUGUCACCUUGGAGAAGCAGAAGAAACUUCUGGAGGAAGAAGAGAAAGAAAAGCGUGAAGAAGAGGAGCGAAAAGAAAGGAAAAGAACAAAAGAAAGGGAAAAAAAACUUCGUAGAAAGGAGAGGUUGAAGGAAAAAGAACUAGAAAAAGAGCAGAAGGAUCCAAAAUUUAGUGAUAAAGCGAUGCUGCCAAAUUUAUCAAGGGAAGAAGAAGGCUCCUUGAAUCUUGAUGGGGAAAUGAACAAUACUGUAAGCUGCGAGGAGUCUGGAAUUGAAACUGGAGAUUUAGAUGGUUGCACUUCCCCAAGAGCGGAAACCUACUUUUGUGAUACCACUGAUAGAGAGGUUAUAGAUCAUGAAGAUGGAAACGGGUGCUUUACAAAUGAUAAUUGCAGACCUGUUCAUCAGACAGCAAGAUUCUGGAAAGAACCUCAACUUGAUUAUGCAUUGAGGCGGUCAGAUAAACGCAGAUAUUCGGAGAAUACUUCUUUUGUCAGUAGGGCUGAGGCAAGAUACUGUAAUGAUAGAUUAGAUAUGUCUUUAAGGCAUUUGAACGGGUCGAAGAAAAAUUUGAGAGUAAAAGCAUCUAAGGCUGGGGGUAGCCCAAAUAGCAUUAAGACACAUGAGGGGUUUCAAUGUUCAGAGAACAGGAUUAGUGAGAGGUAUGAUUACCACUCUUGCAGUUGCAAACCCAUUAAUGGAUACUGGGAAAAGGUAGAAUCUAACAGAGGCAUGCGAGAACCUAAAACCAUAGUCAAAUCAAACUCUGAUCUGGAUGUCUCCAAGCCAGUUAACCGAGCCAAUAGGAAUACUGAAUCUGAUUAUAGACCUAGAAGCAAAGUGACCAUCAGUCAAAAUCCUUCUAUGAGGGAGCCAGUAAAUGUGAGAAAGGUGUUGGACUCCGUGGAGCUGAAGCAUCCAGGAUUCAGCUCAAAUUCUGGCAAAUCAGCAGCUUCAUGUUUAACAUUGAAGGCUGAAGAGAAUGAAGAUCUUAACUCUGCUGCGAAGUCAGCUGAUACACUGUCUCGAUGCAAGGCUACAGAAAUGUUGAGUAAUGUCAUCGUCAAUGGCAGCAGCAGGGACUCUAAAGAUCUUAUGAUGAGUAGAACCUCCAGUUCAGAUAAUUGCUCUUCAUGUAUCAGUGAAGGAGAUAGCAAUACAGCUUCAAAUAACGGAAGCACUGAAUCCCCCUCGACGUCUGAUUCUGAAGAUGCCAGUCAGCACUCUAGAGGAAGAGAGGAUCUAGUAGAUACUGAAAACCAUAUGCCUGACUGCCAAGGUAAGAUGACAGAGAAAGAGACAGAGAAGAGAAUCGAUGAAGGAGACCUUUUAAGGAUGAAGAAUAUGCCUAACCUUUCAGCUGAAAACGGGGAAAGUAAAUUAUCAGGAACUCCUUUUACGGUUCCUAGCCAAAACAUGGAAAAUAUGGUACCUGGUGUUAAUACUGGUUCCUAUAUGUCCCAGCCACAAAGCAUGAUGUUUCCCCAAAUGCUUAACCAGAGUAUACCGUUGUCAGUCUUCCAAGCUCCUUCAACAUUGGGUUACUAUCACCAAGCUCCAGUCUCUUGGUCUGCAGCUCCUGCCAACGGAUUAAUGCCAUACCCUCAGCCUAACAGUUAUGUAUACACAGGUCCUCUUGGAUACAGUCUGAAUGCAGAGACCCCGUUAUGCGUGCAGUAUGGAGCCCCUUUGAACCAUUCGGCAACUUUUUUCAAUUCCGGGCCAGUUCCAGUUUUCCAUUCGUUUGGUGAAACCAACACAGUGAACACUGUGGAGCAAGCUCAAACUCUUGAGCCAUUGGAACAGAUUUUUCUAAAGGAUGCGGAUGAAGGGAAAUUAAAGCGAAUGUAUCCAGCGGAAACUCCAAGCAGCAGAGGUCCGCAAACUGAUAGUGACGAAAACUUCUCCUUAUUCCACUUCGGUGGGCCGGUUGCUCUGUCUACAGUAAGUAAAUCUAGUCCUGCUCAAUCCAAAGAUAGGAUUUUGGGGGAUUUCUCCUUGCAGUUCACAGGAGACCAUGUUUUUGGUGAUCCCACCGGAAAUAAUACUAAGGAGAAAAAGAGCACAGUAGGUGAAGAGUACAACUUGUUUGCGACAGAUAACAGCUUGAGGUUUUCCAUCUUCUAAAGGGUUUUAUACAUUUUUUGGGUUUGUUUGGCGUUAUGGAACAUUGUAAUCCUGAACGCAGUAAAAUCUCUCUUGUUUUAUUUCAUGUAAAGAUCUCUGCAAGAGUUUUUGUCUUUCUUUUCAAAGGUUCUGAUUUACUCAAAAUGAAUAAUUCUCCA